UAUAAAUAGACGUCAUAAUCCUAUUUCAUACUAGUAGUAGAAGUAGAGGUUAGACACGAUCGUUCAAGAACCCCAACAACGGUUCAAUAUAAAGAUGUUCCGGAAGGUGUUUUCUGUUGCGCUUGUAACAUGCGGACUGCUCGUCAUUGUACAGGCAGCCAAAAAGGUUGAGCAGUGCGAAAAGCGUAUCCCCGACUCGUUGAAGCACAAGCUGUGCCAGAUUCGGCAGUACCAGCUGCUGGAAGGGGCAGAUAUGGAGAAGCACAUCGACUGCGUGAUGCGAGCGCUAGGAUUCGUCCAUCCUGAUGGAAGUGGAAAUUAUCACGCACUGAUCGAACCACUGAACGCGAUCGACAAGGAUCGUAAGCAUGGAUUCAAUCUGGAAACGUGCGGAGGAAACAGGAACAAUCUACCGAAACGCAAACGAGCGUACGCGUUCUACAAGUGUAUGCUAAAGUCAACUUCUGCCGAUUCGUUCAAGAAAGCGUUCGAUCUGAAGGAGUUGGUGAAUGCAGGCAAACUUUCGGCCACAGCCAAGUACAGCCCUCAGGUGGACACGCUGAUGGCGCAGAUCGAUGGUAUGAUUUGCAAGUGAAUGAAUCGAAGUUUCGAGUUGAUUGGCGAAUGGCAAGAAAUAAAGCUAUGAUUUAGUACAGCUGA